AUGGAGCAAUCCAGCGAUCAGGUUGUCUUUGACAUAAUGAAUAUAGAUGAUGACUUUUACAGAAAUUACAUUUUUGAACCGUUUCCUGUGGAAAAUGCUGAUGUGACAGUGUCACAGUUGCUUACUAUUUAUACGCAGGAUUUAUAUGCUACUGAAAACAAAGAGAAUUGUUCAGACACGAGCAGAGGCAAUAUCCCGGGCCGAUUCGAAAAGCCUUUGUCGUCUGAUGACAUCAAGAAGAAACAGAGAAAUACAGUGCCCUAUAAUACGACGAAAAACAACAACUGGGCAGUGCACGUCUGGAGGGAGUGGGCUGAAAACCGCAACCUACAACCGGAGACUAAGCAAGAACCUGGUUAUCCUAUUCCCGUUGAAAUAGAACAGUUCCGUUCCUAUGCAGAAAUGGAUUUUUGGUUACAACGAUUCAUCUGUGAAAUUAAAAGGAAAAAUGGUGAAUUCUAUCCUCCAACAACCUUACAAAACAUUGCUGCAGGACUAAAACGGUAUCUUCGAAAUGAACAAUCCAUGCACGUGAACUUUUUUAAAACAGACGAUCCUGUUUUUACUGAAUUUCGCAGGACAUUGGAUUCACGCAUGCGCGAGUUGACUAACGAGGGCAUAGGGAUCGAAGUCAAAAGUGCAGACGCAGUUACGGAAGAAGAUGAAGCUUGCCUUUGGGGUUCCGGUGUGUUUUCAGUAGACAAUGCAAAAGGAUUAAGCAACGCAGUAUGUUUUUAUAACGGGAAAGUGUUCGGUCUGAGGGGCGCGAUGAACAGAUUGGGUUACAAGCGGAACAGUUUAUUACUGGGUGUGGAUGAACAAUCUAAAACUUACUUUGGGGUAGACAAUGCUGGUGAUGAUUCUACUGGGGCUGGCUCAGGGGUAGAAAUAACUGGUGCAGAUACACUUGAACUCGACUCAACAGAUACUAAUUGUGAAAAUACGGAUGGCCAUGCUGUUGUAAAUAGAUUGUCGUCUAAGAGAUAA